AUGGAAGUUGAGUUUUUUUGCAUCAUUUUUCUCACGUUGACACUGGACGUCAGUAAAUGUAGUGGGAACGGGAUUCAUAUUCGAGACAGCGCGUGUCCUUUGCGUUGUAAUUGCGAAAAUGAAGACGUACUCCAACGUGUUGAUUGCGCUUACCUCGGACUCACAGCUCUGCCCGCCAACCUCAGCGUCUUUACCUCGUUUUUGGACCUCAGCAUGAAUAACCUCAGCACGCUGUCCUCCGGAGCCCUCUCCAACCUGCACUUCCUGCAGGAGCUGAGGCUGGCUGGAAACGGCCUGACGCACAUCCCCCGAGGGGCGUUCGCUGGUCUCUACAGUCUCAAAGUGCUAAUGCUGCAGAACAAUCGACUGAGCCAGAUCCCGAGUGAAGCUUUUCAGAACCUAAGAAACCUGCAAUCUCUGCGUCUGGAUGCCAACCACAUCAGUGUGGUGCCCCCUGGCUGUCUGGAGGGCCUGGUUGCCCUGCGCCACCUGUGGCUGGAUGAUAAUCUGCUGACCCACGUACCCGUGCGCGCCCUGGCCAGCCUGACCUCGCUGCAGGCCGUGACCUUUGCCCUCAAUCGCAUCACUCACAUCCCGGACUACUCCUUCGCCAACCUCUCCAGCCUGGUGGUCCUGCAUCUCCAUAACAACCGAAUAAGCUCGCUGGGAGAGAAGUGCUUUGAUGGGCUUCAGAAUCUUGAAACAUUAGAUCUCAACUAUAAUAGCCUGAGCGAGUUCCCCGUCGCGAUCAGAGCCCUGACUAAUCUGAAGGAGCUGGCCUUCCACAGUAACAGCAUCGAGGCCAUUCCCGAACACGCCUUCAUCGGGAACCCUUCGCUGCUCGCCAUAUUCUUCUACAACAACCCUAUAAAGUUUGUCGGCAAGUCCGCCUUCCAGAAUCUUCCCGAGCUGAGAACCCUAACUCUCAAUGGAGCCACGGAUCUCUCCGACUUCCCAAAUCUCACGGGCACGCAUCAUCUGGAGAGCCUGGCUGUGACUGGAGCAAGCAUCAGAUCUCUGCCCAGCUCCAUCUGUGAAAUGCUGCCCAACCUUCAUGUGCUGGAUCUGUCCUACAAUCAGAUCCAUCACCUCCCAAGCUUCAGCGGGUGUGAGAAGAUUCAGAAAAUUGAUAUGAACCACAAUGAAAUCCAGGAAGUGCGAGCCGACACAUUCCAGGACCUAUCGAUGCUCAGAUCUCUGGAUCUGGCGUGGAAUAAGUUGCGCUCGGUGGACCCGCUUGCCUUCUCCUAUCUGCCUUCGCUAAUCAAACUAGACCUGACCUCCAACGCCCUGUCCUCCCUGCCGGAGCUGGGUCUGCCUGGGCUGACACACUUGAGGCUGGCUGGCAACGAGGGCCUGCUGCAGCUCCUCUCUCCACACAAGUUCCCCAGUCUCAGAGUCUUGGAGGUGCCAUAUGCUUUCCAGUGCUGCGCUUUUCUCUUUUGUGAGAAGCAAGAGUUCGGCGACACCAAAGAAACGAACAGUUACAGGCGGAAAGACACCGGUAUCAUUUCUAAUCAAGAGGAACCAGAGUUUGGGGAGUUUUUCCAGGAAAUGGAGGAAAAUCCCAAGCCCCUCCACUCCAUCCAGUGCUCCCCUGCUCCAGGUCCCUUCCAGCCAUGUGACCACCUGUUUGGCAGCUGGUUGAUCCGCAGCAGUGUGUGGGCCAUCGUGCUCCUCUCCGUGUCCUGUAAUGCUCUCCUCUUGGCCACCAUCUUCCUGUCCCCUGCUGCCAAGUCCUCUGCCAAGCAGCUGGUGGGUCUCCUGGCCUCCGCCAACCUGCUGACGGGUCUCUGCAGUGGGGCCCUGGCCGCGGCCGACGCCCUCACCUUCUCCAGCUUUGCCCAGUACGGGCCGCUGUGGGAGAGCGGCGCGGGCUGCAAGCUGGUGGCCUUCCUGUCCGUCUUCUCCAGCGAGGCGGCCAUCUUCCUCCUCACCGCCGUCACCGUGGAGCAGGGCCUGCUGCUGUGCCACCUCAGAGCCGCCACCUCCGCAGACAGCGCCCCCCGUAGGAUGGUGGCGCCCGGUGGUGGCGGGAGGGCGAAGGUCAAGGUGCGCGUGGCCUCGGGUGUGUGCAUCCUGCUGGCUGCCGCCGUGGCCUGCCUGCCGCUGCUCCGCGUGGGGGAGUACGGUGCCAACUCCCUGUGCCUGCCCAUGCCCACCGCCUCCACAGCCUCCCCCAGGGACGAGGCCUCCAGCGCGGGCUUCAGCGUGACGGUGGUGCUGCUCAACUCGCUCUGUUACCUGGUGAUGACCGCCACCCAUGUGCGGCUGCACUGCCGGCAAGGUGGCAGCAGCAAGGCGGGUAAAGGUGGCGUCGGCGGCGCAGGAGGAGGAGGGCUGGCCGAGGACUGCCUGGACUGCUGCUGGGUGAAGCACGCAGCGCGUCUUCUCUUCACCAACUGCCUUCUCUUCUUCCCCGUGGCUUUCCUCUCCUUUGCCGGUCUGUUGAACUUCGGCUUCGUGAGCGCAGAGGUGGUCAAGUCCAUCGUGCUGGUGGUGGGCCCCUUGCCGGCCUGCAUGAACCCCCUGCUCUACAUGCUCCUCAACCCCCACUUCAAGGAGGACCUGGGCUACGUCUGCUCCCCUCUGAAGUCGCACAGGUGGAGCUGCGGCGGCCGCUGCUGUCGUCUGGCGGCCGGGAGAGAGGCCGAGGUGACCGACAAGUCCUCGUCGUGCGACUCCACCCAGUCGCUCGUCACAGAGUCGUCUGAGGCGCCAAACAGCGCGUGGCCAUCCCAGCAGAGCCUGGCCUGCAGUGGUGGAGACCAUUGCCCCCUGUCUCACUGCUAAUAAAGAUUUUAUCAAAAACUACGGACUAAACACAGACUCAAACCAAAACUGAUGAACGAACAUGUUUGUACUCAUCGUCCAACCAUAGUAGGUGGCUAGUGGGACGACACACCCUGCAGGACUAAAUAGGGUUUUUUAGAUGAGAAAGGAAAGCUCCAGAAAAUAGUUUCUCACAGCUCAGCUCCUUUGAAUACCUUCAACUGGAUGAAUGACAAUCUUAACAUACUACUUCACAGUAGCCUAUUCACUUUUUAAAAAUCCAAUCUCUUUCAAACUUUGAGCACCAAAACUCAAGGUGAUCUUAGGGAUGUGUGUUGUGUACUUCCAGGGCCAAAUGUCAUGAGAAACAUCAGACAGGACUUCCAUUAGUUUGUCAUAGUGUUGUGUGGGAGCGACAAGAAAAAAAAAAGAAAAAACCCCACAUAUGAACACUCAUUGGCUGCAUAUCUGUGGAAGGGACUCGUGGAAAAGAUGACUGGCCUUUUUAAGUGUCUCUACAGUCAAGACAAUAGUUACUUUAAUGACAUUCUGCUUCUUCAAGACCACUACCUGGACUGGGAGGGGCCAAGCAUGCUCACUUCCCUGGCCACAAAGGGAAGGAACAGUACAUUUCCUACAGUCAGUAUAUACUUAAGGACAAUCUUUUGCAGACAUAUUUUGAAUAUAAUAAAUAAUAGAAAGAGGGUGUGUUGUAGUAAGUGCCUACUGUUGGAAGUGUUUAUAGUUUUUUCGAUUUCAUGUUUAUUUUUAUGUGGGCAUUUCUUCUGUGUGUGCCCAUGAACAUCCCAUGUUGAAUGUAAAUACUUACAAGCAACCAUAUCUUUUUGAUUAUGUAGCAUCACCAUGAAGACGUUGUCAUUACCACAUACUAGCUUACACGUCUUCAGCAACAAUAUACUGUAGACAUGAUUUAACAACAGGGCAAGCAGAUGACAACUUAAAUGUACAUACGUACAAACUGACAUUGAAACGUUACAAGCUACUGUAUGUAGAAGAGGGAAAUUCACGAGCUUGGUCUGUCAAACUAUUGUAUUACUUCUUCUAUACCAUGAAAUAUUAAUACCUACAUGUGACUUGUAAAUGUAUGAUGGAGGGAAGGGUUGU